AUGGCGCCAGUCUAUCGCGUCGCCGUCAUACAGAUGUGGCCAAAAGUAAACCUCCUCUUCGGUCCCCUGGGCACGUCUGCGAUUCACACAAGAGUUUGCUAACAAUGGGACGCGUCGACGUUGUAGCCGAUGGCAAUGGAGCGCAACUUUAACGUCGCCGCAGACUUUAUUCGGUCCGCAGCCACACAGGGCGCCGAACUUGCCGUCCUGCCCGAGUACCACCUCCUGAACUGGCUGCCUCACGACGCGAAAUUCAAAGAUGCGUGUCGACAUUGGAAGACGUACUUGGACAAGUAUAUCGCCUUGGCCAGGGAAUGUAGCAUCUGUAUUGUCCCCGGGACGUGAGUAGCUCCAGCAAUACCACGCUACUGGAUGUAUCUCGUGGGCUUACAUGGUACAUGCCAUCACCACAGGAUCGUCGAACUCCACGACGAAGGCACCGCUUCCGAACGCCUUCUGAACGUCGCCUACUUCAUCACCCCCGACGGCUCCAUCGCCGGGAAAUACGUGAAAAAGAACCUGUGGGGCCCCAUCGAGCGACUCCACCUCACCUCCAGCUCCGACGAUGAACAUCCCGUCUUCGACACCCCACUGGGCAAGGUCGGAAUCCUCAUCUGCUGGGACUUGGCAUUCCCAGAAGCCUUCCGCGAAAUGAUCUCCAAGGGAGCCAAGAUGAUCAUCAUCCCGACUUUCUGGACAUUAUCCGAUUGCUCCCCUGCCGGGCUCGCGAUCAAUCCCGGGGCCGAAGGCUUGUUUUUGGAUAGUAUGCUAACGGCGAGGUGUUUUGAGAAUACUUGUGGUAUGUACUACCCUCCACUCACAGUUUACAUGCACUGCCGGCCGGCAUGUCUCUGACCCGGAAUGAGCAGCUAUUGUCUUCGCCAAUGCCGGUGGUCCUCCCGGCAAAGGCUAUGCAGGCCUCUCGCAGAUCUGCGUGCCCUAUGCUGGCGCUCUGACGCGCCUCGGCAGUUCUGCUGAGGGCAUGGCCAUGGUCGAUGUGGACAUGCAGAUUGUGGAAGACGCCGAGGAAAACUACCAGGUUCGUGCGGAUCUGGCACGAAGUGAUUGGCAUUACGAAUACAGGCAUACGGAAAAAACCGGUGCCAAACUGUAG